GAGAGCCCCAGAGCCGUCCUCCCGCCCACCGGGGCAUAGGGGCGUGGCGUUCCAUUUUAGCCAAUGAGAAAAGACAUUCGUCCUCGGCCCCGCGCACAGCUUGAGGAGCCGGUGAGGUUGGGGAGGUGGUUUCCCUAGCAAGAUGGCGGCGGGCGGCGUCCACCGGGUUGCUGCUGCGGCCAGCACCUCUGUGAAGCCCAUUUUCAGUCGAGACAUGAACGAGGCCAAGCGGAGGGUUCGCGAGCUCUACCGCGCCUGGUAUCGGGAGGUGCCGAACACUGUGCAUUUAUUCCAGCUAGACAUCACUGUGAAACAGGGACGGGAUAAAGUCCGAGAAAUGUUUAUGAAGAAUGCCCAUGUCACAGACCCCAGAGUGGUUGAUCUUCUGGUCAUUAAGGGAAAGAUGGAACUGGAAGAAACGAUUAAAGUAUGGAAGCAGCGGACACAUGUUAUGAGGUUUUUCCAUGAAACAGAAGCACCAAGGCCAAAGGAUUUCCUGUCCAAGUUCUAUGUUGGCCACGACCCAUGAAGUGGAAAGGUGUAUGUUGAUAUUUCAUUAUUUUAGAGCACAGAUAAACUCAUUAUACCAUGGUCA